CGCUCUAGUGCAAAUUGGCCGCUUGUUCACCAGUGGCGUCGAUUCGCCAGGCGCCCAAAAGCGGGCGCGGCCGUGGGAGACGAUAGACGCAGGAGUGUUUGACGCACGUUUCACGCUAGAAGCGGACGUGGUGGUGCAGCGCGCCACCGGAGCGACGCGCAGGCGAUCGGCCGCCACCUGGCCGUCUUCGCGGCAGAGAGAGUUUGCGGCCGAGUGAAAACGGCCGAUGAUGGGCGCCGCUGCUGCCUCGGCGGAAAGACAGACGCGUGAGGAGGCAAGGAGCGGGGCGUUGCCCAUCGUUCUGUACCCGAAGCGAGCGCCCACGUCACGUGAUUUUGAAGGCGGAGUCUCCGCCAGCCAAUGGGCGUGCGCAACAUUGCACCGCAGCGCGCGCGGUCCCCAGGGGAUCCGAGUCGCGCGUGCGCGUGCGACGAUGCUGCUGCGCAGGUGGACCUGAGGAUGCGCGACCCCCCCGGCUGGGUCCGCUGCUGCGCGCUGCUGCUGCUGCUGCUGCCGUGCGCGGUGCGGGGCUGCUCGCCGGGACCUGGCGGCGGCCGCCGGCGCAGCCCGCGCAAGCUCACGCCGCUGGUGUUCAAGCAGCACGUGCCCAACGUGCCCGAGAACAUGCUGGCGGCCAGCGGACUGCCCGAAGGACGCGUGGACCGCAGUCACAAAAGGUUCAGAGACCUCGUGCCCAAUUACAAUGCGGAUAUUGUCUUCAAGGACGAAGAAGGAACCGGCGCCGACAGGCUCAUGACGCAGCGAUGCAAGAGCAAGCUCAACACGCUGGCCGUAUCGGUGAUGAACCAGUGGCCCGGGGUGCGGUUGCGAGUCACCGAGGGCUGGGACGAAGAAGGCCACCACGCGCCCCACUCGCUGCACUACGAAGGUCGCGCCGUCGACGUGACCACCAGCGACCGCGAGCGCUCCAAGUAUGGCAUGCUGGCUCGUCUGGCCGUCGAGGCAGGCUUCGACUGGGUCUACUACGAGUCGCGCACCCACAUACAUCUGUCCGUCAAGUCAGAGUCUUACGGGUCGGCGCGAACUGGCGGCUGCUUCCACGGCGAUGGCUUGGUGCAGACACCCGUGGGCGCCAAGCGACUCGCCGAUGUGCUGCUUGGCGACCGUGUUCUGGCGCUCGGUGUUGACGGCCGGACGGCGGUGUUCAGCGAAGUGAUCGCCUUCAUGGACCGGCAGCCCGAGGCUGAGCGCGUGUUUUACUCCGUCGUCACCGAGUGCGGACGACAUCUGACACUAACGCCUGGACACCUGGUCUUCUACGUGGGUCCCGACCAGCACGAACCAAUGCUGCCGACGUUCGCUGCCCGCAUCAGGCCGGGGGGUUUUGUGCUUGCUCAGGGAAGCGGGAACUACACAGGGGCGGGGCGCCGCUUAUACAACGAUGCGAGGACUCGUGACUUGCGGCCUGUGCGUGUGCGGGACGUGCGCGCUGUGUGGUUGUCGGGAGUGUACGCACCACUGACGAGAGAAGGUACUGUGAUCGUGGACGGCGUGGCCGCGUCUUGCUACGCGGGCGUGCAAAACCAGGCGCUGGCGCACUGGGCUUUCGCGCCGCUGCGCUUGUGGCGUAGCCUGGCCGCUCCCUCGAAACCAACCCCGUGCGACUUCGACGGGGUGCAUUGGUACGCAGAUGUCCUGUACAGGCUCUUCUACCGGCUGCUGCCCCGCUCCUACCUCUUGGAAUGAACCCCUCCUGCUAACUUAUUACUUCCUGCAUGUGCUUCACCCCUGUGCUCGGCAGCUGAAGGCUGUGGACUAGUGCGGCGUUCUCCGACCAAGCACCCUGUGUGACCUAAAUGCCUUCACUUUCUGGAUUUUCCGUCAGACAAUGCAAAGACGGCGCUCUUCCUGCCCACGAUAGGUCGAAAGCACUUUUAAACGCUCACACUUCUCGCUUCUCCUACUUUGGGUCAUGUUCCCAUCAGAUGGACAAAAAUGCAAGAAUCGGCUGGCGGGCUAGUCGGUUAAUGAUCACAGAAAACGCGACAGACACUCGGUUGAGUCAGCGCAGUGUAUGUAUGCAGCUUGCUACCCGUCCUACAGGGCUUGCUUUCUGCGAGCACAAAAUCACUUCUUGUAGCUGAAAACGUGUGUCGUGGUGUGCCUGAAGGUGUGAACCUACAGCGACAUUGGUUUGAAGAAUUUGUCCUGCAGGAGACCUAUGCAAGGUUUUAAUAACGAUAAGAUUAAGGAAAGGCCAAACCAGCUAUGGUUUUCUUCUGAUAUGCUUUAUAUGUGAACCCGUCGUGAAGCGGCAUUAUCAGUUUUGGAACAGAAGCUGCCCCAGAAAGAACAGUUUUUCACUUAUCAUCUAGCCAGCCACCCCCAGUAGUGAAAAACAAAAAUAAAAGCAUACGGACAAGGCAUUUAAGUCGAGACCUCCGCUUAUUGAUGAACUGCGGCCUGGAACAAAACUGUAGGCAUGACAGGUGAGGGUCAAGUGUGAAUGUCGACAAUGUUUAACCUUAAAUGGCCUGUACUUGUGGAGGGCUCAGCUAGCUGCCCUCCUGGAUGUCUCAUGCUACAGAGACCUAAAUUAACGAUGAACUUUGACGAAAUGCUGCAGAAAAGGAAGCUAAGAGGCAGAAAAUAGUUUUUCGUCAGUGUCUGGUGUUCUUCCUAAUACUUUCGUUGAAGAAUGUCGCAAAGUGAACACUACUCGUUUUUCAUGCGUUCUAGUCAUUCUCAGGUGCGUUAACGCGAUGUACUCCCCAGGUGGCAUGUUGUCUGCGAUGUGGCUGACCACGUGGCAAUGCAAUUCAUCAAGAAUGUGCGGCUUUCCUCAGAAGAGUGCAUGUGCGUGCAGCUGUGACGCCUCAUUCCACAAAACCAUGGUGUCUCACAAUAAAUGUUUCGCGUCUUUAGCAGUACACAAAUAGCCUGAUCUCUGAAUUUAUGGUUACAAACAAACAAGGUGCUUUGACGCUGAAAUAAAGCUUGCGUCGAAUACACGCGAAAAUUUGAGUGCUUGUGUUCGCCAGGGAACUGCUGCAGUGCACACCACGCUGGAACGGUUGCGUUGCGUGCGAGCCAGGCAACAUUCGGGGGUGUCGUAGUUGUCGAAAAAUGCGUGUGCUAUCGUCCAACGAUUGAACCAA